UAAAAUUCCGAAUCGUUUCCUUUCCUCACCCGGAACGAAGCCUGAAACGCGAGUGUAGUUGUCGCCUCGGUUGAACAAGUUUCACCGUCGUCGUUGUUCGCCGCAGACGUUUAUCGCAACCUCUCGACCAUUUCUGCCACCGUCAGGUUUCCGUGCAUUGAAUUGGUCAUGAUUGUUUAACAAAUAUUUGAGUCUCAAAAUGGUGAUUCUUUCCUCGUUGCCACUGAACUAUUCAGCUUUCCUUCGUCAAGGUACUCCUUUUCUGCCAUCAAAGUUUCCAGCAAGAGUUGAUUAUCACAGAAAUGUUUCUCAGACAUCACAAACGAUUUUUAGAAUAAAAAUAAGAGAAAAACAUGCAAACUAUAGUUGCACCAAAUUUGUGACCUCUGCUGCAAGGAAUGAUCAUCAUCUAAGCUAUGAUGAUGAUUUACCUCAGGAGCCCUUUUUGCUAACAUUGAUCAAGGAUGCCAUAUGGGGGCUAAGAUAUAUAUUUGUAUUUUUGGCUGAGCAACCUAGCCAGUUUAAAUACAUAGAGUGGCCAAGCUUUAGUAGUACGCUGAGGACCGCAAUUCUGACUCUUAUACUUGUUGCAAUGCUUAUUGUUGCAUUAUCAUCUGUUGAUUCGGCUCUCAGCUAUCUAUUGGCUUUUGCUCUUCGGAAAAGACCAUAACCGUGUGGUGUGCCUAUGUCACCACGUGUAAUAUGUUGAUUUCUGAUGCUUGUAAUCUGUUUAGGUCUAUCCUCAUAUACAUGUAAAUCUUGACUCGUAUGUUGAACUGGAAAGGAUUAAGCUAUUCAAGAAUCUUUUUAUUAAAGUCGUUGAUUUGCAACCCA